AUGAAGAUACCAGACAUCUCCGGACUGAAAACCAGACAUCGACAGGACUACACGGAGGCACAACUCCGGGAGUGGCUGCAAGGUUUUGGUCAUCCUGAAGCAGUCAACUUCUUGAAGGAUCCAGUGAGCAAGGAGCUCAAUGGCAAGGGCUACGUGCGGUUUGGCCUGCACGAGGAGGCUGUGGGUCUCUUAGCUGCCUUCGCAGAAGAUGAUGAGGAAGGUGGAGUACAAGGCAACUGGUCACUUUCUGAAAGGUUACAAAGCUCAAGGGUGGGGGAUGCAUUGCAGGCAAGAGCUGGAGCCGUCGCCACAGAGUGUGGCUAUUCCAGGCUAGUCCUUGUAGGAGGCGGUCGCGCCCCUCCUCAGGGUACUUCUUGGGGCUCCUUGGUUCAACAGGAAGGGCCUUUGACCUUUGCACUUUUCGCAGAGGGCAACCUUGAGAAGCUCAAGAGCCGAUUAGACUCUCUGGUCGAGGAAGCCUUGACAAAUCCAACAUCCUUCAGUGGAAGCUCCACAGCUUCCAAUGUCAGUCCUACAUCACCCUGCAUCAUGGUGAAAGGCUUCCCUAAGAGUUGGCGGGAACAGCAGGUACGCCUCGUGUUCGCUCUUUUCGGUGGUGUCGGUUCCGUGCGCUUUGUGGUGGACCCCAAAACGGGGCAGCAGAUGGCGUGCGUGGAGUUGAAGAAUCGAGAGAACAUGGCCAAGGCUGUAGAGCAACUGCACAACACCAAAGUUGGUGAUGGAGAGCUCAUCGAGGAGUGUGUGGUAACUUGUGAGCUCUUCGGUGAUGACGUGGGCAAAAGCAGGCCUUUGCGCCGAACGAUAUUUUUGGAUGAGUUGAAGUUGUCCAGGAAGCCAGAGAUAAAGCCUGACAAUGAGGACCGAGAAGUCUUCAUGACAGGCCUGCCCAUCAAGGACUUCACUGAAGACCAGCUGAAGAACUGGCUCGAAGGCUUUGGGAAGAUUGAGGAUGUCUUCCUUCUUCGUGACGUGGACCGCAAGUUGAACGCAAAAGGCUACGUGCGCUUCAGCUCCCAUAGAAAUGCAGAGAGCUGCAUCCAAGCCCAAGCGUCCGAGCAAGAUGCGGAGGAAGGCGAUGUGAUUGCUUGGUGGUCAGAGUCCGAACGGGCCUUGCGUGGUGCCUAUGGACCAAACCUGCACAGCGCAUUGGCCAGCAACGACGGGCGAGUCUUCGCCCACUUGCUGGAGAGCUGCGAAGUGCGAGAGGUUUGGAUGCAGAGUCGGCUAUGGCCACCCAAAGAUCCUACUGCACCGGCCCUGCAAGGAAAGCAGGUCCAUUUCGUGGCGACCUGCACGGCGAAGCAGUUGCAGGCCCUACAUAGGGCUCUGUCAGCAGCUGUGCAGGCCUUCCAUGACCGCGUUCGAGGGGAAAGAAUGGGGGAGGAGGGUGGAAGCAGCAGUAGCUUUCGCCCACCAGCAGAGCCACGGCCUGCCUGGUCGGCGCCGCCCGCGGGCUGGUCAAUGGCUCCAGCCGGUGGUGCGCCACCACCUUGGCCUUAUUACAGAGAUCCCUAUGCGCCGCAGCGCCCGCCGCCUGGGGCACCUGGGAUGCCAUGGCCAUGGCGCCCCCCCAGGCUAUCCACCAGGACAUCCACCUGCGCCUCCCUCAGGGCCACCUGA